CAAGAAAAACUAUCCGAGAGUCACCGAGUUACGUUAACCUGAGCCAGACCCGUUUGUCGAGCUGGACUGUUUCCUUCCACAUGACGGGUGAGUUUUCCAACUCAACAGAAACCAGAUUCUGCGCGCGUCCUGGACGCAGAAAGGAAAGCAUUGUGGGUCUGAAUCCAGAAAGUAGCCUUACAUCUCGAUUAUUAUUAGUUUUAAUAAUAAACUUGUACUAUUAUCGCAACCAGAAUGAGAGGCUGAAGAAGACAGUUAUUUGGUUCAUUCUGGAGAUUUUUUUUUUUCUCUUUCGUUUUUUUUUUUUUUUUUUGGAUUUAAAAACACGCGAUGGAUGAGCAAGAGGGUCCAUUAGACUUCCAGGCGCUGAGGGCCAAGUUCCAGGACAAACAAUUAAUGCUGGGGCCACCAAAACCCAAACCUGUUAUCCCUGAGAAACCAAAGGUCGUCCCUCCUCCCCUUAGCCCCACUCAGCACCUUCCGCCAGGAGCACGCCCCUCCCUGCUCUCCUCCAUCAACCAGGCCUUGGACUCAAAGUCGGUCAAUGCCCCCAGAGUGAUAUUCAAGGAUGAGAGCAAGGACAACAACAAGCUUUCUACGCAUGGUAACUCAAAGCCCAAAGACAAAUCUGAUGGGAAGACGAAGGAGAGCAAGGAGAAGCUGAAUGAAAACUCAUCGGAUCACAAAGAGAAGAACGGAAAGAAGCAUCCGUCCUUUGGGACACAGAAGGAGAGCACAGCCGAGCCGGUGCCAGGCUUGCCUCCUCCGAAGUCCAAAACACAGAGGAAGAAGAAUAUUCUUGGUUUCAUAAAGUCUUCCAAGAAGGAUCCAGCAGCGACCUCGGCUGACUCAAUCCUAGAUUCGACGAAUGUGAACCUUCCUGGACCUACACCGCUGAUCCCAUUGGCUUCUGACGCUGACGAGGAGGAGUCUAUAUACUCAGUACCGAAGCAGAUCCCACGAAAGAUCAUCAUCCCUGAAUCCAAUGAUGCAGUGGACCUGAUGACACUCUCUCCAAUUCCCGACCCUCCUGACUUCUCUCCUCCGCCUGCCAUGAUCCCAGCUACCCCAGCUUUCAAAAUCCCACCCCCUCAGAGCGAAACCCCACCUCAGAUUGAAAGUCCUGUUUUGUCAGUUUCUGACCCGCCCAGCCAAAACAGAAUUGCUCCCAUUCCUUCCAUUGAUGCUCGCCCUUCUCGCCCAACCAUUCCUGCUCCCUCUCCUCCACUCGCUAAUGCGCACCCUCUUUCCGUUGCAACUCCUUCCCCUCCAGCCGUUGUGACUCCCUCCCCUUCAGAUGCCGUGGAUCCUUCUCCUCCAUCCACUGCUCCUCCUUCCCCUCCACCCAGAGCUGUCCAUGCCCCACCCAGAACUAUUUUCUCUCCUCCACCGAGUUUUGCCAACUCUGAUCCUUUUCCCGAGUUCUCUGCCCCCUCCACCGAGCUUCAGGCAGCAGCUGGUUCUGACGUGGAGGUGGCACUGCCAGCUGCUGUGGAAGCGAUUUACUCUACUCCUUCCAAACUAGAACGUCCCAUCUCCGCCCUAUCCGCCCUGGAGAGGGCGGAGGACAUGGAUUCUGGGAAGGGAACCCCUCCGAGUGACCCGAGGAUCUUAAGUGCUCUGGAGAAGGCACGCAAGAAAGCCGCCAGCCCCACUCCUCCACCCGAAGACUUUCCUUAUCACCUGAAUCCCGCCCUCAGCGAUGGAGAGUUGCCGCCCUUAGGGGAUGAGGGAAAGAAACUCCCAUUGAUUAAGUCAGAAGUUGACUGCCCUGACCACAGGGCAGCUUCUCCGGCAUUGCAGAGCCUCACAGAGGAAGGAUCUAACCCUCCCCUUGUUGCGGUUACAGCUCCUCCACCCAGACAGGUCCUGCCAGACCGAGAGACUUUGGGUCCGGCUCCACAGAAACCUAAAAGACCUCAGUCUGCCAACUUGAGUCAAUUCAACCCCCCUCCUCCUAUCAUACCUGAAGAGAUUCCGGUUCCACUUGAGUAUUUAGAGGCCGAAGCCACAGACGAUUUGGAGGACGCUUACAGCCCAGAGCUGCCGGUGUCCAAAUGUGGGAAUGAGGAGCACAUGGGUGCCGACGUUCCAGACAAACCAACCCAGACACAGUUUUAUGGCAACGGGAUAACUCAUCCAGAAACAGAGGUCCAAACUAAGACGGCAUAUGGAGAAAUUAAGCUGGACAAUCCUCUGCAGGAGCAAUCCCUAAAACCCACUGAGGACUACUCUACACCCAAACAGGACCCUCAAGCACUGCUCCACAGCAGUGUGUACGAAAGCAACGACGACGUGUACGAAGCCAUUAAUGUGAGCUCUGGAAAAAAGAAGGGGAAGAGCAACAAGAAACACAAAGGGGCCCCAAAAAAUCCAUAUGUCGAAUCUGGACAGGAAACGGUUCAGGAGAAAACCAAGAUGAGCAGGUUCGGCAGGAGCGAGAAGAAGCACACCUCGGAAAAGCCGGAUGAGAAGGAGCUGAAAAAGAAGGAGAAGCAGCGGCUGGAGAAGGAGAAGAAGGAGCUGAAGGAGAAACAGGAGCGGGAGAAGAAAGAGCAGAAGGAGAGGGAGAAGAAGGAGAAUGAGAUGAAGAAAAAAUUCAACAUCACAGGGCAGGAGGAAGCCAUGUACCAGGCAAAGGUAAAGGUCACCGCAAAGGGCCGUAAGCAAGAUCUGCCCAUCAAGAGCGGCGAUGUCGUCAGCAUCAUCCGAACCACCGAGUGCCCCAAGGGGAAGUGGCUGGCCAGGGACAGCAGCAACACCUACGGGUACGUCUCUGUGGACCACGUGGAGAUGGACUUUAAGGAGAUUUUGGAGCUGGGAAAGAAGACUCCCCGCAACAGCGCCGUCAUCGAGACCGAUGCCGCCAUAGACCGCAAGGUGUUGAAUCACUUCAGUCGUUCGCCGGCAAGCUUCUCAGAUGACAGCGAGGAGUGGACCUGCGACGACGAAACGCUCUCACCCAACCCUGAUGCUUCUGACCAGUUGCCAGGGGUUCACACAUGGGCCAUCUCCAUGCCAGAGAUGGGUAAGAUACACAUCAUAGAUUAUACUCCAUCUUUGACAGGCUUACUUGAAACACUGCCUUGAAGGCAAAUGAUCGAGUCAAUGAAAUGUCGUACAACUCAUUUCCUGAAACUCUACAAUCAUUCUGAUAAUAUUUUGUUCGCCGUAGUAAACUGGUAGCAAAUCGUGAACUGCACCUCUUUAGGUACCGCAACACAAAUCGUGGUUUCUAAAA